CGCCCCCCUCCCCCGCGCGCGGGCGCCCGCAUCCCUCCAUCCAGCCUGUGCCGCAGCCGCAUCGCCACCGCAGCCCGGGCACAGCCGAGCCCGGCCAGGCCCCUGCCCCUGCCCGGAGCCUCGGCCCACCGCUCCCGGUCCCGCCCCCGCUUGCAGGCGACCCCCUCGGUGAUCCCCGGCGCCCCCCGACUCCCGGCUUCCAGCACCGAAGUGGGAGACAGGAGCCGCGGCGGAGGCAGGAGGACGAGGAGGAGGAGGAGGAGGAGCCGUCGCAGGAUGAAGGAUCGGACUCAGGAGCUGCGGAGUGCAAAAGACAGCGAUGAUGAGGAAGAGGUGGUCCACGUGGAUCGGGACCACUUCAUGGAUGAAUUCUUCGAACAGGUGGAGGAGAUCCGAGGCUGCAUCGAGAAGCUGUCGGAGGAUGUGGAGCAGGUGAAGAAGCAGCACAGCGCCAUCCUGGCUGCACCCAACCCAGAUGAGAAGACCAAGCAGGAGCUGGAGGACCUCACAGCCGACAUCAAGAAGACGGCCAACAAGGUCCGGUCCAAGUUGAAAGCGAUCGAGCAGAGCAUUGAACAGGAAGAGGGGCUGAACCGCUCCUCCGCCGACCUGCGCAUUCGCAAGACCCAGCACUCCACACUCUCCCGGAAGUUUGUGGAGGUAAUGACUGAGUAUAAUGCGACCCAGUCCAAGUACCGGGACCGCUGCAAGGACCGGAUCCAGCGGCAGCUAGAAAUCACUGGAAGGACCACGACCAAUGAAGAACUGGAAGACAUGCUGGAGAGUGGAAAGCUGGCCAUCUUCACGGACGAUAUCAAAAUGGAUUCGCAGAUGACGAAGCAGGCGCUGAACGAGAUAGAGACGAGGCACAAUGAGAUCAUCAAACUGGAAACCAGCAUCCGCGAGCUGCAUGACAUGUUCGUGGACAUGGCCAUGCUGGUGGAGAGCCAGGGAGAGAUGAUCGACCGCAUCGAGUACAAUGUGGAACAUUCCGUGGACUACGUGGAGCGAGCUGUGUCUGACACCAAGAAAGCUGUGAAAUAUCAGAGCAAGGCGCGGAGGAAGAAAAUCAUGAUCAUCAUUUGCUGUGUGGUGCUGGGGGUGGUCUUGGCGUCAUCCAUUGGGGGGACGCUUGGCUUGUAGGCUCUGCCUCCCACCCUGGUUCUCCCAGGCCCCUCCCCCACCACAUUGGGAGCAAUACCCCCACACCACCACCUUUCACUCUGUCCCCUGCUCCAGGUCACCCCCACGGCAGCCCCCCAGGGUCCCUGGACCUCACCCUGUCAUGGCCCACCCACCCUCCGCCCCUCCCUCCAUCGCACGCAGACAGCAGCAGGCGAGAUUACACAUGCACACCCACAUGCAUGCCGCCGGCACAUGCUCGCGAUGUGUGCACGCCCCAGCGUGUGUGUCCAUGUGCAGACGUGUGUAGAUGCCUACCCCCCCGGUCCUGCCCCUCUGGACCCCCUCAGCCUUGAGUCUGCGUGUGAUCUCUGCCUCCCCUCCUUUGCUUGGUUGUUGGUGGUGGAGACUGCCACAGGAUGACCCAACAGCCCACCCCGCCCAGCUCUGUCUUCUGUGAGUGUGUGUGCGUACGGGACCACAGCUCUGUGGACACGAACUUGUGCACGUGCUGUUCUGUGGUUGCGUGUUUGACCCCAACACUGCCUGCUGUCCCUUCUCUCUAUCCCCUGUCUGCCACCCUCUGGGGCAGGCUCUGCGAUCUCAGAGGAUCCAGGUAGGCCUCCACACACGGGCAGGGAUAGCCAGCCAGCCCACAGGAUGCAGGACUGCUCUGUGUGUGUGUGUUUGUGUGUGUGUGUGCUCGUGUGUAUGGUGAGCCCGUGGCAUUCCCCUGGUGUGGGUGGCACACGUGUGCACCUCUCCUUGCUCAGGCUACCUAGGUGUGCAUAUCUUCCCCUGUGUGUUUUGGGGAUGUGUAGGUGUA